UCCAUGUGGUGUUGGAUGACACUUGUGCGCUUGUUUGCCCCUUCAGGCCAAUUUGAUGGACGUGGUGUUACCCUCCUAGAAGUGUGUGGGAGUUGGCCGGAGAGCUUUGGCGUGCCGAGGCACCAUAUCGGAUCGGCAGAUGUUGGUGACGAAGGCCUGCGGGAGAGACUAGCCGAUGCCAUGUCUGAGUCUCCUUCAAGGGACAUAGUGGGCUCUGCUACAGAGCUGCAGAGGGAGGGCAGCAUCGAGACCCUCAGCAACAGCUCGGGCUCCACCAGCGGCAGCAUCCCGCGCAACUUCGAAGGGUACCGCUCCCCGCUGCCCACCAACGAGAGCCAGCCGCUCAGCCUCUUCCCCACCAACUUCCCCUAAAGCCCCGCCCCUCCUCCUCCAUCCGUCCGGCCCUCCUGCUCACACACAAGUUCCACGGACUCAUCCAUCAGAGAUGUGUUUGUUUUUUGUCUGCUCUCCCGCAGCGGCUCAGGAAUCAGUAGGAGCCCAGCUGGAUGUGUUGUUAGGAUUCUAGAUUCAGGUGCUGGUGUUGUGUGAAGCUUUAGCUAAUUUUAUUAAUCAGUCAAUUGUAAUGCCAGAGAGUCCACAGAUGAAAAACCUUAUGUUUCCCCCAAAAAUUUGCUCAAAGGGGCGACAUGUUUGGAAAUGUUUCUUUUCCCCCAAAGCCGCUGAUGCUUCUGAUCCCUUGGGGAACUGUCACGAACCGUUUUUAGCAGGAGUAUCAUUUUUUUUUUUGUUCUUUUUUAACUCAACCUCUCAGAAACAUCUGAGCCUGCCUGUUUCCUUGUUGUCGCAUCCACUGAGACGUUGCAAACGUGUGGUCCUCGCUUCUUCGCUGCUCUGUCGUCCUUCACGGGGGAUCCUGACGUUUUAUGGAGCGCCCGUCGUUAGUGUGGGCCGUAAGAAAAGGAGCACCAGCAGAGGAGAAAAAAUGUUUAUUCAGUCAGUGAUGUGUAGCGGCUCCGUUCUCCCUCCCUGUGUGUGUGUGUGUGUGUGUGUGUGUGUGUGUGUGUGUGUGUGUGUGUGGUGCUCUGAUGGCCGCUCGCUAAAUGUUUUUGAUUGAAUUUCCUCCCUUCUUGCCUUUGAUUUUCAUGUAAUUACAUUUGACAAAAGACGCUGUAAUGAGAUGACACUAUUACGGCGUUGCAGGAGUAAUUUAGGUGUUUACAGUAUAAUUGAGAUAUGUUUCUGAAUUUAUCUAGAUUCUCUCUGCUCAGCCUUUCCGUUUAGAACAUUCUGAUUGUGCACGCUGAAGUUGGUAUUCUCUCUCUGUACUUUUUUUUUUUUUUUUUUUUUUUUUUACAUUUUGACCAAAUUCUUUAGAAAAAUCUUUCGGUGUUUGCAACAAUGCAUUUUGCUCCCAUGCGCUGGCUUUUCCUCCAGCAAAGAAUCCUGCCUGACGAUCUGAGAGUUCUUCCCUCAACAUGCUUUCCUGUUACUUGCAGAUUUAGUUUUUUGAAUCGAUGUAAAAUAAUUGCACUAUUUCCAAACGGGCAAUGUUGUGCACGUCUUCUGCAUGACAGUCAUCAGUUGGACUGAGAAGACCACGGAACUGAAACGUCAGAGCAAACGCUUGAUGUCGAUUUGCAAGAAUCUAACUUUCCUUCCCAGCAUUCAUGCAUUAAAAGCUUAAUAAAAGUAGAAGAA